GACUGGACUGGACUGGACUAUCUUCUUCCUAGUCUCCCAGCACAAUCCUCAAUGGCGUUGGCGCCUAAAUCCCUAUCUACCCUCUCUUCAUUCUCUCUUCUCAAUCCCACUCUCACUAAAUGCCACACUGUAAAACCCCCUUUCAUCGUCUGUAAAUCCACUCAAUUUUACACAUCUGAACCGAAUGGAGCCGGACCGUCCGCCCCGACACGAGGCGACAUUUUCCUCGAACGCCAUAGCUCUCUAGAAGCUUCAGCUUCAGUUCUCACGGAAAACAAGGAAUCAAAUAAGAAGAACAAGAAAGAAAAAGUAUUUAAAUUGUCGUCUUGUGUAAUUAACAGUUGUUACGGUUGUGGGGCUCCGUUACAGACCUCCGAAACGGAGGCUCCGGGUUAUGUGGACCUGGAAACGUACAAUUUGAAGAAGAAACAUAGGCAACUGAGAACCGUGCUAUGUGGGAGGUGCCGGCUUUUAUCUCACGGACAUAUGAUUACUGCGGUUGGUGGGAACGGAGGUUAUUCUGGUGGGAAGCAGUUUGUUACAGCAGAGGAGCUGCGUGAGAAGCUGUCGCAUUUGCGCCACCAGAAAGCUCUAAUUGUUAAAUUGGUAGAUAUAGUGGACUUCAAUGGCAGUUUCUUGGCACGUGUUCGUGACAUUGCCGGUGCAAAUCCCAUAAUACUAGUUGUGACAAAGGUUGAUCUUCUUCCUAAAGGAACUGAUCUAAAUUGUGUUGGUGACUGGGUCGUAGAGGCAACUGUGAAGAAGAGGCUUAAUGUUCUGAGCGUUCAUUUGACAAGUUCAAAAUCUUUAGUGGGAAUUGCUGGAGUGGUGUCGGAAAUUCAGAGAGAGAAAAAGGGAAGGAAUGUCUACAUUCUGGGCUCAGCCAACGUUGGAAAAUCUGCAUUCAUUAAUGCUGUAUUGAAAAUGAUGUCAUACAAAGACCCAGUUGCUGCUGCGGCAAGAAAAUACAAACCUAUUCAAUCUGCUGUUCCUGGAACUACUUUGGGUCCGAUCCAGAUUGAUGCUUUCCUAGGUGGAGGGAAAUUAUAUGAUACACCUGGAGUCCAUCUCCACCAUAGGCAAGCUGCAGUGAUCCAUUCAGAAGAUCUACCUGCUCUUGCUCCACAGAGUCAAAUUCGAGGCCGAUCUUUUCCAAAUCCUCAGCUAGUCUUGGACAAGGUGACUGCUGAUCGACUUGGUUCAAAUGGCUUGAAUGGUUUAUCUAUAUUCUGGGGAGGUCUUGUGAGAGUUGAUCUUAUGAAGGUUCUUCCAGAGACGCGUCUAACAUUCUUUGGACCUAGGUCACUACAAAUUCAUAUCGUGCCCACUGAGGAAGCAGAUAAAUUUUACCGGAAAGAAGUUGGAGUUCUAUUGACACCACCUACUGGAAAACAGAAGCUAGACAACUGGAUUGGACUUGAAACUAAGCGGGAGUUGGAAAUAAAGUAUGAAGAUUUUGAGAAGCCGGCUUGUGACGUGGCUAUAUCAGGUCUUGGGUGGAUUUCGGUUGAACCGGUAGACCAGUUUCUUAGAACCUCCUAUUCAAGUGAAGGAGAAACGGUUGAAGAGCUAUCUUUAUUAGUCCAUGUUCCCAAGCCAGUAGAGAUUUUUGUUCGGCCUCCUUUACCAGUCGGGAAAGCUGGAGGGGAGUGGUAUCAGUAUCGGGAAUUGACGGAGAAAGAAAUGGAUUUAAGACCAAAAUGGUAUUUCUGAGACUGCUCAUAAAAUACACCCAAAAUAUCAGUUUGCAUGCAUUUGCCGUAACAGUUGUGAGUUGUGCCAUUGGAAUUUGGAGGUUCUUCGUAUACUAAUGCAGAAUGUGAAUUGUCUAGUGGUAUAAAGUUCACCACUGGUGGCUUGGUUUCGUCGACUUUCUUGUCUGUUGAAACCUCGUAUUAGAAUCGAACCCUCAUUUUUUCUUUGGCAGGGAGAAAUUUUGAAUUCGUGAUGUGCUAACUUUUGUCUAAAUGCUUCGAUGGUAUGAAGUCAAAUUCUAGCUAUUAUGUUAUUUGUGUACAUGGAACAUAUAAUCAAUUGAAGUGAGGCUUGGGUGAAUUGCCUUAAUAUCCAUCAAUAAUCAAAUGCUACUUCACAA